AUGGCCGCGCGAAAGUACCGAAAGCCUAAACGCCCAAGCUUCGAGAGUGCAUUUGAAGGCCUUAUGGUCUCAAGCACAUCCUCUCCUAAUCCCGCUCGCCAGGCUGAGAACCUCGGCAAAUCCCUUCGCAACGGGAUGAGGUCCACCCUUCGUCUCGAUCAUGGAAUUAUAUCUACCAGUCAUACGAUUACAAAAUUGGGCAUGAGGAAUUUGAUCCCGACCUGGUUUUCAUCGCAACUCGAACCCACGUAUGAGGGCCGUGAAGAGGAGGAGGAGAAGCCUGUGAUGCACAAAGAGAUGGCAAGCCUGGUCCUGGCCCAUACUAAGAGCGGUCUGGGGAAGUUGAUUCAAGCUAUCGAGAAGUGA